AAGGGAUGCAGCCCAUAUUUCUUUACUUUGCUCCAGCUCCAAGCAAAGAACUAACCAGCAACAACAUGAAUGAGCCACAGAUUUGCUCUCCAACAUCUCCCCAUUCAUGCUGUACUGUAAACACCUCUCUUCUGGCACAACCAUGUAGCUGUUAACACAGAUCAACAUAUACCUUAAUCCCUCUUCCUAGUAAGGUUAACUAGGAGAGAACUAGCCAAAUAAUUCAUGCGGAGGUUCUCGUCUUUGUUGGCCGGACCUUUAUUGAAGAAAUAGUAUUCGUCAUAAUGCCUCGAGAGAGGAUUACUCCGAAUACAAUCAAAGAAGCGGUGGAACAGAUACUCCCUUAUCUGGAGGAUACGAGCAGUACUGCACACAAGUCCAUCUAUUUCGAUGGCUGGCGUGGUCUGGCUGCUUCGGCGGUGCUUAGAGAAAUUGCUAAAGACCCCCCGCCAUCUCUGUUGAGGAAAUUCAGCAAGAUUAUCCACAUUGAUUGCUCGAGCUGGAAAAGCCGAAGAGCACUCCAAAGGAUAAUCGUUGAAGAACUGAAUCUUCCUUGUCGGGUUAUGAAUAUCCUUGAUAGACAGGAUAAGGAAGAUGAUUUCAGAGGUGUAGAUGAAGGUUCUCGAGCUGAGAUAGGAGAUGUUGCGGCUGAGAUCUAUGAAGCCAUCCGCGAACACAAAUGUUUAGUGGUUUUUAAUAAUGGGAGUGAUAAUACAAUUGACAUGGAUGAUUUUGGUAUUCCUCUAUCAAUAUGGGGUGGUAGUGGUAGUCGAGUAUUAUGGACCUUUCGAGGAAGGCUUCGUCUCAACUCAGAAAUUAUAGAAAAGGUGGAUAAUUCACGUCUUUUUCUAUAUAAUAACUACAGUAGUAGAGGGUGGAAUUAUUUGCUGAAAGAAGAAGCUAGAGAAAUCAUUAAUUACGGGUGGAAUUCUUUUAUGAAAGAAGAGGCUAGAGAAAUCGCAAAUUGCACAGAUAUGCUCGAGGAAGCAGUUGUACAGUGCAUCUUGUAUCUGCUGUCACUAAAUAAUCAGGGAGGCGAUAUAAUGGACUACAACUGGGUCACCCAUGCUUCUAGCUAUGUGGUCUGUGAUGAAAUAAUACAAGGAGGUCAGGCUGACGAAGCAUGGAAGCUUGCAGUUGCUCUCUAUCAACAAAUACACCUGGAGGAUUAUUCAUCUAAUGUACUACCAUAUUUUGGUCAUAAAUUGGAUACUCCCCCCGAACGAUGGAUAUUGACUAGAGACAAUUCUUCUUUGCCUCCACAGGCAACGUCAUGUUUCCUUGCUGCAGUCACAAGCAUAUUUGAUCCUCCAUUAGGACCAUUACCUGAUGGCAUGUUUCAUCAAUCCGACAAACUUCGUGUGCUCAAGUUAUGGGGCCGCACUUUUAGUUUUUCUUCACCUCCUUUCCAUUGUUGUCGUAACUUAAGGUUCCUUGGAAUAGACAGCUGCAAGGAUCAAGGAGCAGUACCCGCAAAAAAAAAAAAAAAAAAAGGAUCAAGGAGCAGAAGAAGUUGA